AUGGACCAUACGCCAGAACGACCUGCCCGAGAAGAGACGGUCACAUUUGCUAUUCCCCCGGACGAGAACAGAAGUCCUCGUCGAAGUAGUCGCGUGAAGAAGAAUCCUUCUAUAACUCCCAACCGUUUCAAUAAGUUCUUCACCCCUCGACUCCGGAACGCACAGCAUACCGUCCGAGCCUCCAGGAAAGUCUUGCGAAAUCUUUCGGCCGCUCAUCUGAACAGUCGUUUAAACGCCGGCAAGUUGUCAACCCUCCGCGCGGACAAAUGGGACGAACAGCCCAACAAGAAGAGAAAGCUUUCUUUCACCUCCUUAUCAUCUAUUCCGUCCUCGCCGAUCAAGAAGGACAGCAUAUAUCCCAGUGGUCAAGAGACUUCUGCAGAGGGAAAGGAUAAGGAAAAUGACCUUUGUGACACAGGUGAGGAGGAUGAGGAGGAUGAAUCAUGUGCUGGAAGCACGUUUCCCCCGCGAUUGGUACCAUAUCGCGCCCUCAGCUCAUCCGCAAGCAUACUGUCAAGACGAAUCGAGGGACGAAAGACCGUGACAGAAACCAAUGACAGCAGCCUGUGGCAACAUGAAACGGCCAAUUUCUACAGUUCUCCUGAAGACUCCUGCCUUUACGAAGCUCCAAUUCAUCAACUUUCGGCAUUGCCGUUCAGUGCUGCCAGCUUCAAAACUGUCUCCCUUGUCGCCAUUGGAGAUGAGGAUGGUUCUGUACGCAUUCACGACGCAGUCGACCCGACUCUUCCCUUCAACAAGAUUUUCAUGACCUUGCAUCCUCAUGACAAUGCUGUCAUGGAUAUGGAAUUAUCUCCGGACGAUUCUUUGAUUGCGACGGCGUCAGGAGACCAAACCUGUCGCAUCACCGAUAUGAGAACCCAGGUACCAACACAUACCUUGAUCGGGCAUACGGGGUCUGUCAAAUGCGUCCAAUUUCAGCCCGGAUCUGGUAAUAACGUCCUCACCACCUGUUCGAGGGACGGUAGUAUUUGUUUGUGGGAUCUCCGAUGUGCGAGGGCAAAGGGCUCGUCGCUGCCCAAGAUCUUUCCCUCGUCAUCGGCACUCAUGAUAGGUGAAGGCAGAGAAGUCAAUCCCGUCAAUCAUAUUCGGGAUGCGCAUACGUCUUGUGACCGAUUCCACCACGUGAAAGGAAAACGCCAGCGGAAUGCAGUUUCCGCCAGAUAUGGUUUUGCGAUCAUGUCCUGUACAUUCAUCAGUGAAAGUCGUCCCCACCUCUUAGCCACCGCCUCGGACAACGAUGCCGCCAUCAAACUAUGGGAUAUGCGUACGUCGUACAACAAGCGGUCCGGGAGACCGACGCCGGUCUCGGUGACACUUGAACCUCAGAGCCAUGAGAAUCAUCGACAAUUUGGAGUGACUUCAAUCGCCAUGGGCACUGAUGGGUCGAGACUGUAUUCUCUUUGUCGAGAUCACACCGUCUACGCCUAUUCUACCCCCCAUCUUGUCGUCGGAGGUGCUCCUGAGAUGGCAUCGUCUUCCUCUCACCCAUUCCGACAAUCUCGUAGCGCGGGGCAAGGAUUGGGUCCAUUGUAUGGCUUCAGACACCCAGCUCUGCGACUCGCGACAUUCUACGAUAAACUUGCCCUUCGACAACGGACGGAAGACAAGACAGAAAUGAUAGCCACUGGAACCAGUGAGGGAUGUGCAGUCAUUUUUCCAACUGAUGAACGAUAUCUUAAUAUGUCCACUCAACGCCCUCCCUUGCCCACUAAAAAUGGCGUCGGUCAGGGACGUGACCUCCCUCGGGAAACAUCGAAUUUACCUUUGCUAUCAGGAGUCACUGUGGAAAGCGACCGCGACUCUUGCCCCAUCUAUCACCACGGCGCGGGACUGGUAAAUGGACAUCAGAGAGAAGUUACGGCGGUAGCGUGGGCACUGAAUGGCAAUCUGAUUACAACCGCGGACGAUUGCACGACUCGGUGUUGGCGAGAAGAUGCCGACAGAGCACGUGCCUUGCGCUUGAAUACUGAUCGCGAUCUAAUGAGGAAUCAGAGCGGAUGGGCGGAGGUGAGGGAUGGGUACGAUGAUGAUGAGGCUUGA